UACACACUCACAUCUCACACCACACUACACACACACACCCAUCAUUCGAAAAGUGGGGCGCGACACAAACUAUUAGAAGCAAAUAGAGGAAAUUCAUCAUCUGACGAACUUGGUUCAGUCAUGCAACUUAAUAGCAGAAGUAAUUGCGCUCUCCAAGUUCGGUGAAACAUAAAGCGUAUUAGCAUACCAAGGUAACAUGAUUGAACCAUCGUCUUCAACUGUGGCCAAUCAUUUGUCACCCAAUGCACAUCAGUUUAGGGUUUAGGGAUGAAAUUAGAGUCACUAAAAACAUAAUAUUGGUUGUGAAGAAUAGUGAAUUUGUACCAUAUGUGUGUGCGUGUGAGCAUUCAGCUUUUCAGUGAUGGAUUAUAAUGAGAUAGUAGUUAUCCGAAAACCUAAGGGUAUGUAUUGAAGUAAAACAUCAAGCGGAAUUGGGGAAAGAUGAGAGAAACAAAGUCACAUGUAACAAGUGAAUGAAUGUACAUCUUGUUGUAAAUAAGUUACAGGUUAUAACCACCAUAUUACAAUUGGUAUGAAUCAUUGCGCAUCUAGUAGUUGGUCCAUGCUCAUUAUACAAUCUUAGUUUGCCCUUCUCCGGAUCAUGCAGUGUGUAUAAAAUAGAGGUAUAGAGUUGAAUAAGGUGAAACAGAGAAAAAGAAGCAAAUAGAUGUGAAUAACAAAUAGGUGUACCUAGUGUUGUAAAUAAAUUACAUGAUGUAAGAAAUAUAUUACAAUGAGUAGAAAAUACUUGUUUGGCCCUCAAAAUGUAGAAAUAGUAUAAAAUGCGAAGUUGGCUUAGACUUAUAUAAUUAACGAAUGACAUAAGGUCCAGUGAGUUAAGGAACCUAGAAUCUAAAUAUAAUCACCAGAGUGGAUGUACAUACAGUUAAAAAAGAUUUACAUCAUGUGACCAACAUAUUACAGUCCGUAUAACUUAGUGUACAUGGAGUUGUAUUUGUACAUAAAUAAUGCCGUUGUCUUAGAGUCAAAGUAAAGUGAUGUGAAUCAUUAAUCAUAUUCAUAAGCAUAAUAAUAGGAUUUGGUAUACGAGUAAUGUGUGAUUUAUAACACAUUAUGAAUGGUAAUAUACAUUUAUACUGUUGUUUAUGUACAUACUAUUCAUGAAAUAUUGCAAAAUAGGGUAUUUGAUGCAUAAUUGGUAGGAGUAGAAGUAAUGGAUUGCAGCAAAUUGGCAGAAGAUAAGGACCCUUGAGUUAGGAAUAGAGUUCAGCGGUGAAGAGGAUGCGUACAAGUUUUACAACAAAUAUGUCUCUAAAAUAGAUUUUAGUAUACGCAAAGACUAUUUAAAUAAAGGCAAAGACGGAGUGACAACGUCUAGGAGAUAUAGUUGCUGCAAGAAAGGUGUGAAGCACAAGUACGAAGGUGAUGUGAUGCCAAAGAGGGCACGAGCGCCGACGAAAACAGGGUGUGGAGCUAAAAUGGUUAUCGUAUUGUUUAGAGAGACAAUGAAGUACCGUGUGCAUGACCUUGUCUUAGAGCAUAACCAUGAGUUGCACAUUGAAACUGGAUCACGACCUUGUGUUGUUGUUUAAACAUUUCAAUCGAGUGGUUGAUGAUAAGAGACAUAAUGAACUCAUCGCAGAAUAUGAAAUAAGGCAAAAACUGUCCAUGAUUGGGUUGAGGCAAACACCUAUAUUUGUGCAUGCAGCAGAGACGUAUUCACUAACAGUAUUUGAUGCAUUCCAAAAUGAAUAUGGCGAGUCAACAACUAUGAUUAUAUUAAAACAACAAGAUGCAGGGAUGUUUGUGGAGUUUGCGAUUAUGAGGUAUGAUGGAGGACCUGAAAGAAUAGUGGUAUUCAAUCGGAAUGAUCUAAAUGUACGCUGUAGUUGCAAAAAAUAUGAGAAUGAAGGAAUUUUGUAUAGGCACGCGUUAAAGGUGUUUGAUACCGUAGGCAUAAAAACAAUUCCUUCUGAAUAUGUUAAGAGGAGCCAUUCAAAACUCGUAGACGCAUUCAAGGAGCCAAUCAGUGAAUGACCCUCCAAACGCCGUUGCUCCCGAAAUCGAAAAAAAGUGAAAUGGUAUGCAUACAUUUAGUUGAAAAAAUAAAGAUGUUAUUGUUCUUAUCGUAAAACUACUUUUCUGAUUAUUGUAAUGGUGGACACCUGAACGCUUCAACGCAUGUAUAUUAUGUAGUUAACGUAUACUCGCUUCUAUGACAUAUUAUUUUGUAUUAUCCGAAGGUCCACCGUUUGGUUAAUUAGGAGCCUCCUGCGACAGUCCCUACAGAAUGGAUGCACCCAAAUUUUCUAUUUUUUUGAAACAUAACUCCGUCAGAGAUAUCUUAAUGGUUUGAUAUAUAAUUUUUUUUAUAAUAUCUAGUCCAAUUUAGCUUUUGAA